AUUUGAUGAUCCCGGCCUAGGCUAUUGCUUAACUGCUUUCUUCAUCGUUGCGUUCCAACCCUCUCUAAACGCCAUACCACUAUCUAAGUUCCAUACCUGGGCCGAUCAUGAGCGAAAAUGACGACGGGACGGGCAGGACUGAGGUCGGCAGUUUGGCGGUUGCCAUCGUGGCCUUGGUGGUCGCCCUCGUGGCUUUAAUGGGCACAACGGCCCAAGUGGUCCAACAGUACCUAGCCACCGCCGUGGGCUACUCGAAUUGCGGCAAGAGAGUUAUGGGACCUUGGGCUCGCCACACGAAGCUCGUUUUCCAUCCCUGGGAGCUGCGCUUCGAAGUGGUCUUCAGAAGUCCUGACAUCACCAUCAUGUCCCUCUCCCCCGAUAAGGCCGGGGACGUCGAUGACAUGCAAAGCUGGGACGUGGAGGAACCCACAGUCCCCCGACAACCGACACUACAUAACAAGGACAACGAGGACGUCAUUGCCGACUACUCAGCAACCUGGCUGGCUUUACUGUCCACUGUACGGAGGAUGCUACGGGAAGGCGGGCCUUCCCCGGGCUCCCAGGGUGAGAUGGUGGCGGUGAAAGUGGAGGCCAGGCUUCAAACGCUGGACCUUAUGCCGGAAGGGGUGAAGAAGCCAUACGCAACGACCACGUUGGGCAGCAUCGUGGUCCUCGCCGGAAUGCUGGGCCUCCACUGGAAGCAGUUUGACCGGACCAACGACCGUUACGUAGCUGAUGGUAACGGCAUGUUGUUCACUGGAUUUUCAGUCCCUCAUCUCGGGAUCAUGUUCACCUUUACCCGCCACGACGUCCCCAGGUUCCCACGGAUUUCCCGUGUUAUCCCUACAAUCGGACUUCUCGAAUAUUGCUUUGGUCUGGUCCCUACCAUUUGUCGGUCGAGCGAUGCCCCGCGGCCCAUAUACCUCACGGAUGUCCCCCGGGAUCUCGGUACCUUGCGACUCGGGAGUCCUUCAGAGAUCGCGAGCACGCUGGCGUUGCUGCAGUGCGACGGCCGGAUUGUCGAAUCCAUCGGUUCGACUGAACAUGUAUUCCCAGUCCUCUUCGAGCUUGUUGGGAUGAUCGCACAGCCCAUGCAUAUGCGAGGCAUCACCGGUCGCACGCUACCGAAUCCACUGCCGUACCGUUGGGACGACAAAAGAUUCUCCCCAAGGAGGCUUCUUGCCGCCUGUGCCCACGAAAUCCAGAAGCGUACGGAGACCAUUUUGGUAAACGAUGCGGAUUUCGUGGAGGUAGUCUCUUCACUCAUGCCACCCACCUCGUCUUCACCUGACCCCCAGUUCUGCCUUUUGCCAGAAUCCGACCCCAGUUCCAUACACAAAUUGCACGAUGCCGUGGAUUGGUGUGAUAAGUGGCUCCGCUUAUGGGGAGGCGGCGAGUCUUAUAUGACCCUCAUGAUCGUGCGCGCACACAUUGACCUGUUCUGGGGGUCGUUGUUGAAGAACCGGGAUGUAGAACAACGGAGUGAUUUGUACCACUUACACCCGUUUCGCGCCAACAUGACCAAAUUCGGCCUCGAGGACCGAGAAACGGAGCUCGUCGAGAUGUAUUUCGACGAGAUUUGCGAAAAACAACGGCUGUGGGCGGACCAAAACCACACUUUUCAACGGACUUGGCAUAAAGCUUCGUCGGACACCCAAAGGCAAAUGAUAGCAUGGAUGGUCUUGAUGUUGCGCAUGGUGUGUUGGUUAAAUCUUCACACCUUCCACGCGGCGGAUGUGCAGCUCCCCAAAAGUGAUCUCAUGGGGACGCGGUUGCCGGUAUACAUCAGCUAGUUAGCGAGUUUAGGCGGGAUCGAAUUAGGGUAGACAGGUAGUCAGAUGCCAGAAGCACACUCGUAAUUUCAUGAUUUAUUUCGAGA